GGCGUUCCUGUAGUGAAGACAGGCAGCUUUGUGUACAACGACUGUGAGACGUCACAGUGCAUUGCGACGAUCUACUGGAGGCCAAUACCUUUUGAAGAGUCCAAUGGGGAGAUAACUCUGUACACAAUAAAGCAAGAAGACAGACAUCAUGGAACUAGCAAGGCGAUGAAGGUGGAGGGGUCAGCAACAUCGUAUGACCUCAAGGUCAGGUGUGACCGGGAGUAUAGCAUCACCUUAAAAGGAGAAACACGAGUGGGCGUGUCAGCAGAGUCCAAACCUAUUGUGAUUCCUGCUUGUAGCAAAAUGCCAUUCCACUCAGAAAUCGUGGUAGAGGCCGACAGCUCCACCCUGUACAUUACCUGGGGGGUUCCACAAGGGUCACGUGACCCCCACCACGGGAGAGUCACAGGUUACACCUUGUACUACUGCAAUGGGUCCAAGAUCGCCUCCAAAUGUGAGGAUAGCAUCCAUUGGCUAUCUUUUCCACCUAAUAUCAGACAGUAUGAAUGGAAGGUGCCAGAUAGUAACCUUGACAACAAGAUGGUCGGGGUAUCAGUGGAAAAGGAGACAGCCAAUGGGAACGUGAGCAGUGGAAUCAGGUGGAAUACCUGUGUGUGGCGCAGGAAUCACAAGCCCCCGUCACCACGAGGAGUGACCUUCUCCAGGCACCAACCGGACAACGCCUUGAGCUUGGAGUGGCAGAGGUUGGGAUGUGCCGAGAUUCCCGUCUAUGUCCGCUACUACAUGGUGUCCCACUGCACGGUCAACAACCAGGGUGGAUGUGCGGGUCCUUCUGUGAUCGUCAAUGUGUCUAACACCGAGAAGAGCCAUGUGAUCCAGGGUCUGUCAGCUGGAGUGAAGUACAGGGUGACUCUCCGGGCGGUGUCCAGGACAGGGGAGGGGCCAGAGAGUGACCCCAUCACCAAACUUGUUGUAAACAGUGUUUUAACAUCGAGCCAGAUUGCAGGCAUAUCCAUGGGUGGAGUAUUCGGCUGCGUUGCACUUGUAUCAUUUGUCGUCUGCUGCAUACGGAAACUGCAGAGGACCUACAGAGGUAUGCGUUUGGAUAUUAAGCUGCCAACAUUAACGGGGGUCGACAAGAAUGAGGAACAUGUCAUCAGGGAAACUGUUACCAUGGAAACUAAUGAUAAUAUUUUGAAAAAGGGAAUUCAGCCAAAAUAUCCAUCAUCUAUUGAAAAGAGCACAGCUAACAAAGAAAACACAGUGGAUCGUGAAGGUGAAGUGACCCAUCCAACAACCCUGGGAACUGACACGUCUGAGAAGCCGAGGCCAAAUGUAGAAACUGCCCAACUUGCAUCGGAGAUUGUGAGGCCUCUACGUGAGCUUGGCGACACUUCAUGUUCAGACAGAGACAGUGACAAGGCCAAGACAUCAAUGAAGAAUAAAGCUGAUCCAUCAUCCACCCUGGUGGACAGCUAUUCGAAACUGGCUCUGUCAGGCAACUCCGAAUCCACCAGACCGGAACCUGGCACAGAUUACAUUACGAGGGACAAACUGUCACUUAUGUUGGGAAGGCCAUCUUGUGAUGCUUCACAUUCUUCAGGGCAGGACUCAGCAUCAAGCCCUCCUCCUCCAUACGAACCACCUCGAUCUCCUGAUGACCAGAAGUUGGAGACCCCACCGCCAACCUACAGCUCCUAUGUCUCAUCCCAGACAGAUUUCCUAUCAGCCCCCAACUCUCACCCUCUCUCUCAUCAGUCACCAGCUCCCUCUUCUGGUGAUGCAUCCUUCAAUCAGUUUCAGUCUGAUGAGGUGAAUACUUUUCCUCGAGGACAUAACUUAACCCACCAACUACCAAGUGGAAGUCCUUCCAAUGAUGGCCCAUUUAUCCAUCUUGAAGAAAUUCAGCCUCCAGACGAAUCUACAGGUCGUCGCGAAAGUCACUCCACUGAUGGCCCGUAUGUCCCUUUUGACACAUUACACCCUCGAGACGCAUCUGAAAAUCACAACAAAUCUCCCAAACCUCCUCGUGAAAAUAAUUCUACUGACGGCCCUUACAUCUCUAUUGUCAAACUUCAGUCACCUCAUCCACUUCAACCACCUCAGCCAAUUCAGCCACCUCAGCCACUUCAGCCAAUUCAACCACCUCAGCCAAUUCAACCACCUCAGCCCCUUCAGCCACCUCAGCCGCUCCAACCACCUCAGCCGCUCCAACCACCUCAGCCAAUUCAACCACCUCAGCCCGCUCCAACCACCUCAGCCGCUCCAACCACCUCAGCCGCUCCAACCACCUCAGCCACUUCCAACCACCUCAGCCAAUUCAACCACCUCAGCCACUUCAACCACCUCAGCCGCUCCAACCACCUCAGCCACUUCAACCACCUCAGCCACCUCAACCACCCCAACCACCUGAGGAACAGAAGCAGGCCCCACUGUCAGCUGAUGACAGUUACGUGGCUGUGUCAGAUUUAUCCCAGAUGUUGAUUAACAAACCUUAAAUAGAAAAUCAGCAUACCAUAGAUGUUAAUGACACCUGGCUUCGAAAACCCAAAGGACCUUUGCCGAGUAAAAGCAUCAGAAACUACUGUCAACUGAGAGCACCUGGUGUCCGACUUCCCAGAUACCCUCCAUGUAUAUACAUAUCAGAAUGUAAACGUGACAAGAUGCAUAUAUGUCUACCUAUAUCUAACAGGUAUAUUCUAGAGAAUGAUAAACGUUUGUUAUGCAUAUAGUUGCCAUUUCACAAGUCCUUGUAUGAAAUUUGACAGAAAUAAGGAAAUGACAAUAAUGAUGUCCUAUUUUGUUGAAAACACAGACUCUUCAGACCAAAAGAACUUCAGCAUCAUUCUGAUGUACAUGUUUUGACUUGUGGGUGUUUUGUGUCGUUGUACCUGUUUUCACGUGAGUGUGUCUAUGUUGUAGGUGGUAUAUAUGAUACAAUCAGAUUGUAAGUAAUCAUGUAUGAAUACUUUGAAGGGAAGGAAAAUACAACCGACUGACCCCUUUGGCCCCAGUGAUAGCUGCAUGUCACACUAGUAGGGUGUAAGUCAUUUACUAGCUUCACGGACCCGUGA